AUGGGGGUCCAUGUCCAGGGUAUUGAUCAGAGAUCAGUAGCGAUGGGGGUCCAUGUCCAGGGUUUUGAUCAGAGAUCAGUAGUGGUGGGGGUCCAUGUCCAGGGUAUUGAUCAGAGAUCAGUAGUGGUGGGGGUCCAUGUCCAGGGUAUUGAUCAGAGAUCAGUAGCGAUGGGGGUCCAUGUCCAGGGUAUUGAUCAGAGAUCAGUAGCGAUGGGGGUCCAUGUCCAGGGUAUUGAUCAGAGAUCAGUAGUGGUGGGGGUCCAUGUCCAGGGUAUUGAUCAGAGAUCAGUAGCGGUGGGGGUCAAUGUCCAGGGUAUUGAUCAGAGAUCAGUAGCGAUGGGGGUCCAUGUCCAGGGUAUUGAUCAGAGAUCAGUAGCGAUGGGGGUCCAUGUCCAGGGUAUUGAUCAGAGAUCAGUAGCGAUGGGGGUCCAUGUCCAGGGUAUUGAUCAGAGAUCAGUAGCGAUGGGGGUCCAUGUCCAGGGUAUUGAUCAGAGAUCAGUAGCGAUGGGGGUCCAUGUCCAGGGUAUUGAUCAGAGAUCAGUAGUGGUGGGGGUCCAUGUCCAGGGUAUUGAUCAGAGAUCAGUAGUGGUGGGGGUCCAUGUCCAGGGUAUUGAUCAGAGAUCAGUAGCGAUGGGGGUCCAUGUCCAGGGUAUUGAGAGAUCAGUAGUGGUGGGAGGUGUCAGACCGUAG